CGCGUGCACCGGUAUUGCCUGCGGUCAAACAGUCCUGUCGGCAAACCUUGCGACUCUCGCCUUCCUGGGUCUAUAAAUUCACUGGUCCAGUUAUGAUAUCUCCAUAAUACUGCACCGGGAACGACACCACCCUGCUUUCGUAGCCGAGCUGACCGCUUCUGGGCAGUAUGUCGACUGCUUCGACUGAGCAGCGGGAGCUCUCGCUUGUUGACAAAGUUGAACUACGGAUUGCACUUGCGGAUACAGACGCCAAGCUUUCAAAUUUGCUCAACACGUAUCUGGCCCCUCUUCUGCUCAAGCUUGCCUCGGAGCAUCUCAGUGUCCGUAACAAAGUCAUAACAGUCUGCCAGCAUCUGAAUACCCGGCUUCAAUCCCCAUCUGUGGAACUGCCCGUAGCGUCGCUUCUGAGGCAGUUCAAAGACCAAAAUGUCAAACUCAUCAGACAUUUCGAUUUGCUGUACGCCCAGCAAGGGUUCAAACGACUGUCCGCAAAAGACAAGCAUGAACUCGUCCCAGUCCUGAUCAAGGAUGUCGCUUCCGUAGUACGCAACCCCAAGGAUCAGUCCGGCGCUCAAUUCUUCAAUCUCUUCCUCCAGGCUCUGCACUAUUACGAGUUUCCGCGAAAAGGAAGCAAGGAUGAAGAUGAACUAAGAAACACUUUGGAGCUUUCCGACGACGACGGUGGUGUACUUGCCUUCUGGUUCGAGAAGUUGAUCUUGCUUGAAGUGGCAAAACCGUCUUCUUCAGACGCUGCUGUGCAAGGCAUGCCUGGCGUUACGGAAGACGAAAAGCAAUUUCUUAAUGUCUACGGCCGCCCUGGAGUGUGGGAUCCCUCAUCGCCCGGUGGUAUGCAAUUCAAAGCCACGAAGUUGCUCGUGCUCAAGUUCCUCUCGACUGGUGCAUUUAAUGACAACGAGCGCUUCAUGCCCGCGCUGGUAGCAUCCGCGCAUCGAGAUUCCAACAUUGCGGAUCGGGGAGAAGAUUUGCUUAAGCAUGCGAUCGCUGAUGUCAACGUGGAUGAUACCUCCAUCAUAGAGCGUCUCUUUGACACUUACCUUGGUACAGAAGGGAGGCCACCGGUUGCACCGCCUUUACAGAUCAAGAUUCUGAGCGUUCUUCAACGUUCUGCCGUCUCCGCUACGGCAUUUCCUGAGAAGUGCCUGCAUAUUAUAGAGCAAGGCAUCAGCACUGGAGGCAAUAGUAUACGCGGAAGAGAGGCCACAAAGUUACAUGCGGCUAUAUUUGGCUUUGCAAACUUCUUCCUUCGCAGUGGUGCCAAAUGUUCCCUGAAGCAAGCAACUCCAGUGAUUAUAUCAAAGAUGCAGCAAUACAUCCAUGAUCAAGGAUGGCCUAGUCCAAACACAAAGGAUGAACUCACUCUAAGGCGAAACGCGUAUGAAAUGAUCGGCGCUUGCGCAAAGGCUGGCGGCAUUCAGGACAUUGCGCUGCUUGAUUGGUUAUUCCGCUCCCUCAGCGAUGACAGAUCAGAUCGAGAAACGUCACUUGCUAUCGAGCAUGCGCUUGCAAUGAUGAUCGAUUCGUUUUCGUUCAUCUAUCUCGACAAUAAAGCAGCGAGUGCAGACGACGAGGAUACGGAAAUGACAGAUCGAGUCACCAGAGCAACAAUUGACGAUCUAUCUGAGCUCCUCUAUCGUUACGUUGAAGAAGACGGAUCGUCGGAAAGGGGGGUGAAUAGAGGGAGGAGCACAAGCUAUAUCGCAGCACGCUUUGCAAACAGGUGCUUACCCUACAACAACACGAUCGGUCGCUGGAUCGACAUCCUUGCCGCUGGUGGCCCCGCCGGCGCAAAGAUGGAGGUUGUCGAGGAGGGCAAGAAAGGUCUCGAUCCAUAUUGGUUUGUCACGCUCAAUUCUGAUCGCAAGGAUCUUUGGACACGUCCAGGAGGAUCCAGUGACCGGCCGGAAGUCCUCUUCCCGUCUUUCGUGGAAAUGUUCAAACAAGUUUUUACUCGACCAAGCGAGCGGAUCUUGGAUGACCCUGCUCAAGCUUUACGUGAAUUUUUGAAACGUUAUCCUCACGCAAUUGGCCCUGCGCUGUCUUUCUGCUGGCGGAUCUUCGUCAACGAAGCGCUCACACAACGGAAAAUCACAGUGCCCAUCGAUACAGAGUGGGAAAGGAAGCUCGAGAACGGUGUGAAGCAAGAUCUCGAGAUCCGUGCAGCUCUCAAAGCGUACCUGAACCUGCUCUUGCAGAACAGCAACGAUGGAACCAUGGCUUUCAAAGCAUUUGUUAUGAUGUGCUUCGAAGCAAUGAUCAUUAACGAUGGCAAUGGCAUUCCAAAUUGUCAGGAUAUUCUUGUUCAAGCAGUCUCCAUUUGUCCUAGAGGAUUCCUGUCGAGUAUUUGUACCAUGGCCGACAUUCAAAGACUAGUGCCUUCCUUGAAGUCGAACGAUACUCUCUCACGCCGAUCAGCUGCGUCAGUUUUAGGCAUGCUUAGCUACGUUGACGACGAGGCUAAUCUGAUUCGGGUUCUUGACAAUCUUCUGCUUGCUGCUGAAACUCAUGAUCAUGCCAUAGGCGCAACCAUCAACCAAAUUAAUGGAUGUAUCAUGGCCUCCGCUUCUGCAUUGUCGAGAGUCAGUUUCGCAAAUAAAUUCUUGGAUGAAAAGCUUCUUGGCUUAUUGCAGCGGUUGAACACAAUCAUUUGGGCAAUUCUGAGAUCGAGCAAUGACCAGACGUUGCUUGAUGCUGCUUACUAUGCUGUGGAGCAACUCAGCAUAUUUCGCAUCUAUAAGCAAAAGCUAGAACUUGAUUCUUCUAAGAUGCGGGAAAUGAUAGAUUUGCUUGUAAAAAAGGCCAAAACAGGAAACGAGAAAGCAAGCAAAGCACUUGGUCGCUUCGGUGUUUUCAUUUCAGAAGACGACGAUGGUCAAAUCUUACAGUAUCUCGAAGAGCAACUCUAUAUGCUGCACGAAAUUCGGGAUCUUGGUACGCAGUUCGCGGUUGGCGAAGCCUUGUGUUGCAUUGCAUGCGGUUGGGCGAACACCGCUCUUCAGCUUGACAUGGACGUUGACCUGCCUAUACCUGUGAAUGAAAAGAAUUCUAAGCUUCCCGAGGUGUUGCAGCGAACCAUUGCAAACUGUCGGGCUUCGAAACCUGCUCUUCGAAAAGCCUCUGUGAUUUGGUUGCUUUGCUUGGUACAAUUCUGUGGCCAUCUACCUGAAAUAAAAGGCCAACUGCGGGCUUGCCAAGCAGCAUUUGGGAACUCCUUAUCUGACAGAGACGAUUUGGUCCAGGAAGCCGCGUCACGAGGCUUAGGCCUCGUAUACGCAAAGGGCGAUCGAGAAUUGCGGGAAGACCUGGUUCGAGAUUUGAUGAAGUCAUUUUCAAGCGACAAGAGCAAUCUGGCUGGCAACGUCGAUGAUGAGACUACCCUUUUCGACCCUGGCGCUCUUCGCACCGGUGAUGGCGACAACUCAAUCACGACUUACAAGGACAUCUUGAGCCUGGCUUCAGAAAUUGGCAAUCCUGGUCUCGUCUAUCAAUUCAUGUCUUUGGCCGCAAACAACGCCAUUUGGUCGAACCGUGCUGCAUUCGCAAACAGCGGUCUUCGGAGCAUUCUCUCAGACUCAACUGUUGAGGGUUAUUUGUCCGAAAAUCCAAAACUCUACAGCAAAUUGUUCCGGUACAGGUUUGAUCCUAAUACAAAUGUUCAACGUUCAAUGAACGACAUCUGGAAUUCGCUGGUAAGAGACUCCAGGGCGACGAUUGAAAAGUACUUUGACGCCAUCAUGGACGACUUGCUUGCAAACAUUCUCACCAAGGAGUGGAGAGUGCGACAGGCGUGCUGUGAAGCAAUUGCAGACCUGGUGCAAGGCCGGCAGCUUAUCACAUACGAAAAAUAUCUGACCGAGAUAUGGAGUCGGUGCUUCAAAGUCCUUGACGACAUCAAAGAAUCUGUGCGAGUCGCGGCUGCAAAGUUAGCACGUGUGCUCAGCCAGAUUCUCGUACGCAGUCUUGAAGCGAGCGAAUCGUCCACGAAGAAUGCGGAAGCAGUGCUCAAGCAUGUUCUACCCUUUUUGUUGUCAAACUCCGGCCUUGAAUCCUCGGCCGAAGAGGUUCGCCUCUUCUCUUUGCAUACAAUUCUUGAGGUUGUGAAAAAAGCCAGUCCUAUGGCUUUGCGACCAUUCAUUCCCGAGCUGGUUGAGCGAAUGCUUGCACUCUUCACGGACCUUGAGCCUGGAAGCGUCAAUUAUAUACAUCUCAAUGCAUCGCAGUAUAAAAUUUCCGAAGAGAAGCUGGACGGUCUACGCCUAAACAUGGUACGGAACAGCCCCGUGACAGAGGCUAUUGACCGCUGCUUUGAUCUAGCGGAUGUUGACACCAUGGAAAAGGCUGCCGUUGCCAUCGAGAAAGCCAUGAAAGCCGCUGUUGGCUUGCCCUCCAAAUUAGCCUGUGGUAAUACAUUGGUCUCCUUGACUUUGCGACAUAGGGAGUUGUUGAGACCCCAUGCAGGGCGCUUCCUGAAGCUUUUGGAAAAAUACUCCCUGGAUCGUAACGAAACAGCCUCAAGCACAUACGCUGCGGCCUCUGGAUACCUCUGCAAAGUUGCCACAGACAAGCAGAUACUUCGUUUGGUGAAAUAUGCGAUGAAGCUGUACAUUGAGGAUGAGGACGAAAAACAUCGGGUUGUUUCUGCAGAUAUCGUCCGAGCAAUUGCUAAGCAAGUUCCUGACCGGUUCAACUCGCUGUCUUCAGACAUUCUGCCUUUCGUAUUUGUGGCAAAGCAUGACGGCCAAGAUGGCAUCAGGGAGCUGAACACCAAAACUUGGGAGGAAAAUGUAGGCGUUACAGCUGUUUCGCUACAUCUAAAAGAAAUCAUUGCAAUGUCACUUGAGCUUUUGGACUCGCCGCGGUGGAAUCUCAAACAUUCUGCGGCUCGUAGCGUGGCAGAGGCUACUACCGCCUUGAGUUCAGGUUACGACGGUAUCUCGGAAGACCAGGCUGCAUUGCUCUGGCCGGCACUGCGCAAGUCACUGGAAGGCAAAACUUGGGACGGCAAAGAGGAGAUUGUUGGGGCAUUUGCUCGUUUUUCCGAGAGCGUCAAGCCUGGAAAAUUCCGAGAUGGCAUCACAUCGGACAUUAUCAAGAUUGCUCUUCGAGAGGCGAAGAGGCAGAAUAAAACCUACCAGCAAUUUGCGAUUCCGGCAUUAGGAACAGUAGCAGCAGCCUUGCCCAGAACCGGACAAGUGGACUGGCACAAAGAAGUAGUUGCCAUUGUGCAACCAGUUAUUGAAGACAUGGUGUCGUCUUACAGCGACAAGAUGGACGUAGAUGGUCGGGAUGCAUAUCUGGAAGAUAAAAAGCGCGAGGCUACGCUUUGUGGCUGCAUUGAGUCUCUUGAAAAGUCAUUCUCACUUGAAACCGAAAACCUGUCAGAGGCCGUCCCGGAACGACUUGAUGUUGUCCUCAGCUUGUUUGUCAAAUCUUCCUCUGUACGGAUCAGAGGCAUUGAGUUGGCAAUAUACGCCAAUCUCGAACGACUCUUCAACAAAUUGAGAGGUAAUCUUGCGAAGAACCUGGAAAGCCGCAGUCUCGACUUAGCGAAACCCAUCAAUCUCCUCUUCUUUCAGCAUGACCCUAGUGGGUACUUGGAAUCGGUGCGUCUACAAAGAGCAAAAGCACUGCUAUCACUGUCCAGAAUUGGUGCCCCGUCCUUGGUUCACGAUGUCCUUCACUCAGACCAGGUAUUGGCUGAGAUUUCAAAAGAGCCUGCACUGGCAGUGCAAGAUAUCCUUAGACAGAUCAAGUUAGAAUGAUCUCAACGCAUGUCUUCUAUUCAAGAUAUUCAAGACAGCUAUUCGCACCUAGAUGUGAAAUUCAUGAGUUGCUCGC